AUGGCAACCUUUGCCUCUGAUUGGUUCUGCUCUUCUCAGCUGAUCUCCGAUUCUAUUGACCCUUUCGAGUUACUAAGUACUUGUGUAUCGGGUAGCAAAACCGCAUAUGCUGUGUUCUCGAUAUCGGCCAAGUUGUGGAUUAUGGAGCCGAGGAACUUCAAGAAGCUCGCGCCAGCACCGGCCUCACCUAGUAGUGUUGAAACCUCUAGUCAGACACCUAUAUCUAUACCGGGUCCCCGCAGAAACCUAACAAGGAAUGCUUGCUCCCCUUGCAAACUCAAGAAGGCAAAGUGUGACGGAAACCGACCCCUGUGCGGGAGAUGCCAGAAAGCCGGCGAUACGUGCCUUUACGAAGCGAACAAAAGGGACAUCGGAAGAUUACAGCUACUAAGCGAGUCCGACGCAUCUAGAUUGCAGAAUUUCGAAGUAGUGUUUGGGAUAUUGCAAAAUGGGAACGACUAUGAAGCUGCCCACCUAUUUUCUCAAAUAAGGGCCGGGGAAUCUAUUGAAACGCUUGCGCCUGCAUUAACUACUUCCCUUUUCCAACCUUCAGCUUCAACGCCGUCCAAUCAAGUAACGUUAAUAUCAGGUCAGGCAACGGCAACUACACACGAUGGGUCCGAAGACCCUUCUUCAACAGUAGGGUCGGAAAGUUUUAUGGACCUCCUAUUUGACCAAAACGGCUGGGCCCAGCCUGAUGAUGGCAUUGACGGCUACGAUUCCCAAAUAGCCCAGGGAGGAUCACACGGCCAUGUCCCUGAUACCACCCAUACCGAUGGCCAAAAAACCCAAUUCUAG